AUGCUGUCCCAUUCUCACCAAGCUGAAAAACUGAACCUUUUACCAUAGUAAGAGUGAUCCGACAACUCUGACAGCAUCACUCAAUUACCUGGACCGCUGAGGGAAGACAGAUCUACCCAGUUAACUCCUAUAUCCCUGGUGCCUGGCUAUUGAGGUGCCUGGCAGUAUGCAGAAGGCGGCGGCCAUGGCGGGACAAGAGGAUCCUGUGCAGCGGGAAAUUCACCAGGACUGGGCAAACCGGGAGUACAUUGAAAUCAUCACCAGCAGCAUCAAGAAAAUCGCGGACUUUCUCAACUCGUUCGAUAUGUCUUGUCGUUCAAGACUUGCAACACUAAAUGAGAAAUUGACAGCCCUUGAACGGAGAAUAGAGUACAUUGAAGCAAGGGUGACAAAAGGUGAGACCCUCACCUAGAACUGCCAGACUGCUGCUGGGAAGUUGCUUUACAGAACACAGGCCUACGUGGGAAAGGUCCCAGCAGCCUUCACUCCUUCUCUCUCCUUAAAGAGCAACAGGGCUUAUUCUUGUUUUUCUUUCUUCAAAAAUGUGGCCUUUGGGCUCUGCCAUGUUCAUCUGGCAGUGUGAUAUGGCAUGUGGGGAGAAGUCCAGGGGAACUCUUGAAAACAUUAGGCAUUUUACCUUUUCAGUAACAUUUUGUAAAACUACUUGUCAAUGUAUUUGAGGCACUCAGAGCCAAAAGCCUGGGACUUUUUAUUAAGGUCCUUUCCACCUCUCUCUCUCUCUCUCAGAUUUUCCUUACAGUUCUCAUUGCCUCUGCCUUGAUUCCAUAAACAGUCUUUUCUCCUCCCUACCUUUGUUGGGAGGUAGCAGACAGUCCUGGCUGAGAGACUCAUGCCCUGGCAAGGUGGCUGCCAGAGAAUGUUGUUGCUAAUCCACCAGUUUUUUGUCCUUCUUGGGAGGUCAAGGCCAGGUCCCCACUUGGCUUGAAGGGACAUUUUCAGAUUUUUCUUUCUGUCACUUGGGGUGUUUGCCUCUGAUAUUUCCCUAAUAAACUCCUCAACUUUAUCUGACUGCUGUGAUUGUGGUGGGAGAGGAGCUAGAGAUGGGACUCCUCUAUUCCACAGAAAUCUGUGUGGAAUUAUUAUUUUAACAAAACUUUCAGGUGUAGCUGCUUGAUCAAAACCUAGGUGGCUUACCAGCCUGAGCCCUCAUGUUUGGACUUUGAGCUGACUAAUUUAUCCUGGGAAUCAUUUGAUCAUUCAGCAGGCAUUUUGCUAAGUGCUUACUUUGUAGAUACGUUAUGUUCCAAUAAAAGAUACAUCAUUGAA